AUGACCUUGAAGGACCGUUCUUUGUUUGUCCAACAAACAGAAGGAACCUUUUCGGAUAUCCCACGCCCUGUCCUGCCAAUCUCGUUUCCCCUCAGUCCUGGAUGCAUACUACGGAAUCUUCUCAAUGAAGACCCCGCUUUUGUCUCGCUUCCUCAAAGCGAGCACGGUCAUGUGGUGGAGCGAACAAGACUGUCAAUUUGGAAGUACCAGUAUCUCGGUGCAUAUGAAGCAAGUAUGAAGUUUGAACUGGUUUCAUUUGACUACAACUGGAGAAACUCCUUCACACUCGUGGCCAACACUCCGGCCUUUUCAAUUUUCAAAGCCGUCGUAAUGGCGAAUAUAUGUUGA